UGAAAUCAAAACAAACAACUUUGUUGCAUUAUUUUCAAACAAAUUCGUGCUGCAAUCAUCGAAAAAAACAGUGUUCAAAAGCAUGGCCUGUUGCAUCUUCAACGGGUGCUUCAACAAACCGUUUCCAUGCGGAACGUUGGUAUUCUUCAACCUGCCCAAGGACGAGCCGCGCCGGGGAAAGUGGCUCCAGCUGUCUGGGAACGAAGAUGUCCAGAAUUUGCCGGCCAGUGCGAGGAGGCUCGUGUGCGAGAACCACUUUGAGGAGCGUUACGUGAGGCGGCAGUUCCACAGGACGACACUGGCCCGGGAUGCGGUGCCGAUGGAUCAUCGGAUGCGGAAGGGGGAUUCUUCGGUCAUCCAAAUAGAUGAAGCACUUGAUGAAACGAACGAUACAAUCAAAGAGAGAGAAGCUCCACCAACUCAUAAAGAAGAAAUUCUGCUGACAUUAGCAAUCGAAGAAGCGGAUUACGAAGUGUUGAUCGAACAUGAGCCCAGCGAAGGAAGCGAAUCGAAAGAUGAUCUCGAGACUCAUCUGAUCGAAGAUGAAGAAUCUAGCGAGGAACACGAAAGGACUGAAUGCAAACAAAAUGCUGAUUGUUCUGACGAUCUUCUUCGCGAAUCGGACGAAGUUGUUGAAUCCUUCGAGGUCGAUGCUGAAGAGGCUGGUGAAGAUCAUAAAGCGCAAGAAGAUGAAGGUAAUACCAACGCCUUGGACAGUUCAUGGGACGUUGUUGCAAGCGGAAAAACUCAACCAGAAAAGAGUUUUGGUGAUGAGAAAAUGACUGGUGAACAGACCGAAGAAUCAGACGAGCUUGUCGAAGAUGUUCUAAUCGAAGAAGCUGAAUCCGAAGGGUACCAUGAAGCAGAUCAACUAAACGUUGUGGCCAGUACCGCAAAGCAUAAACUACCAAACAGCGUUGAAUCAUCUCAACAAGCCAAAAAGUUCAAGAAUGCCGAAGUGGUUGAACCGGACACCUCAUCCGUUAGUGUGACUCCAGCCAAACCACAAGCCAUCGAGCAACCUUCGACGAGCAGUUGUACAAGCAGCGCUUCAGUAGCUCCAGCAGCACCAGCAAAGAUGAGUGAAGAGGAAUACUUUGCGCUCUCGCUGGUUGGUCCGCUGCAGCGGUUGCCACCGGAAAAGAGAGCGAUCGCCAAGAUGAAGAUCCUUACGUAUUUGGUACAGCUGGAGUGUGGACUGACGGAUGCCAACCUGUGAAUCGCUGCGGGGUGACUGAUUUUAAGGUAUUUACGAUAAAUAUUUUUGAGUAGUAGUUGCAGGUUUGUCACUGAUGUCCGAACUUCCCUUAUCUCGUCUUCCCAGUCACAGUCACAUAGCUGGUUCUGCCAGAAACCUGCUAGAACGGUGGAACAUUUCUGCUAGAAUGCUGUAAGAAUAUCCAGCUCUGUAAGAAAUCUGCUAGAAUCCUGUUAGAACGUCGUGACUGGGUUAAAGGUCACUUCAAGCAGUUGCAACGCUCGCUGAUGACAAGGAUAUGGGAGAACAGAACCAGUUAAGAUCCACCAAGAUCCAUUGUCAGCCCACUGUUCAUCGCGCUCAAAAACCAAAACUGACAGCGCGCUCUCGUCUGUCAGUGGAAGCGCUCCAUCUGCGCUUGCAAGAAAAUUCCCUCCACCAAACCAACGCUCAAGCGAUCCGGAGCCCAAAACGACAAAGUCGAAAGAGGGUCUCUCGUCGUGUCGCUCUCGGCUGAGCCUUCAGUUAUCUUUUCGCUCGCACACGGUGCUGAUGUGUGCACGCGUUCGCUGCUCAAAACUCUGCCUGCCUGCCGUCGUCGCUUUGCGUUGAGGGACAGAGGGAGAAAGAGAGAAGAGGAGAGAAGGCGAUAGGAGGACUACUGAACACACACACACGGGCUCUCGCUGUCGGUGUAUGGGUGAGGUUCGCCCCAUCGGCUGUGCGCUUGGGUGAACGCGGAGAGCGCGCGCGCCCUUAGGUGUGUGCGUGUGAGUGUGGAGGUGCGAGAGGGCGAGAAGUAGAAGAAGAACAGCAUCAACAAAAGCAGGAGUCGGUCGAAGCGAAGAACAGAGGCAGCUCGCAGUAGGCGAGGACGUGUAGUAGUGUGUGAGUGUGUGUGUAGACGAGGAGAAGGAGAAGAAGAGAACGGUGCGACGGUGGAGGAGGAGAUAUCAAAAUGGCUACUAGCGAUGAUGAACAUUACCAUCUCUACGAAGUGUUUCAAAAUUGCUUCAACAAAAUCGCCAACAAGCAGCCUG